AUGUUAUUUGUUUCUACAAAACCGCUUUCAUCUGUAAAAACAAUAACUUUUCCUUCUUCCUUAUACUUCUUUAUUUUAUCCCAAAGGGAAAACCCUGCGGCGACGCCGGGCGAUCAAGCAUCUGAAAACCACGGGGGGCCCCCCUCCUCGCCUCUACACCCUAUCCCCUUAUCCCCUGGACUCCAGCUCCCGUCUCGUCCGCUUGACCCUGAGGUCGUGAUGUCCACCGCCUCCGCGCAGCGCAGUGGUUUGUACUGCCCCUUGCUGAGCCAGAGCCGGAGCCGGACCGGGGCUUCUCCUUCUACAGCCCAAGCACAACCCCGGCCAACCCAUGUGUACGGCCGGGGGCCCGGUGGCGGUGGUGGCGGCCACUGGCCUCCCCGCCCUUCCACCACCGGGACGAGUUACGAGCUGCAUGCCACGCCAAGGGGUUAUGGCCACGGAGGCUGGGAGCACCAACAGCAGCUGUAUUAUCAGUCGCUGUCACCCGGGCCUGGGGCCGCUUACCCAGGGCUGAGCAUCAGGGGAGGGUACGGUGGUGGCGGUGGCUGUCGAGGGGGAUGGCAUGGCAGCGGCGGCCAUAGUGGCCUCCAGCCAAAUAAAUGGGUACGGACGGAGGCAGCGGCGCCAGCUGCACCGGCACCAGAAGGUCCAGUCGCAACGGCAGUGGCGCCAGUGCCAGUGACCCCGGGGGUGGCGGGGCGGGGCCGGCCAUUUGCUGGAAGGGGUGAUGGCGGCUGGGGUCGUGGCGGCAGUGGCGGCUGGGGCCGAGGCCGUGGAGGCAGCAACGACGACAACGCUACGCCAGCGGCAAUGCAGGCGUACUACAAACCGUCAUUCGGCGCUGACCCCUGGGCGGCUCUGACACCGCGGCCGAUGCAGCCAAGAAUGCCGGGCCAAGUGGCGGAAGCUGGGGGGAGCGAGCUUGGCCGAGAUGGCUAUGGAGAAGGCGGCGGCGGACGGAGCCGUGGCGGAGGGGAUGAUGGCGGGGCGGUUGUGGGUUCGGAGGGCAUGGAGGAUGAGGGGAGUACAGCAGUUUACAGCGGUUUUGAUGGAAGCGGCGGAGCGGAUGAACCGCCUGAGGACGAUGACAACGAUGAAGUCGGGAAUGGGGAUGGUGACAGGGAAGAGGGAGUUGAGAUAGGGCUUGAAGGGCAGGGUACGGGCGUGGAGGAGGAGGGGGACGGUGAUGCUGGGAGCCGGCUUAGCGAAAAGGGUGUGCAGGAUCGGCCGUGGCAUUGA